ACUUUCUGCGUGAGAUAGAAAUAGAGAGAAAGCGAGAGAAAGAAAUAGAGAAAGAGAGAGGUGAGAUGGAGGAGAAGCAAAGUAUUACGGUCAGGUUUGUGGAGUUGGAUUUGCCAUUCCUCAAGUCCAAACGAGGUUUACUGAAAAUCGCAGAACUGGUGGUGUUGUUCAUGGCGUUUGUGAGUUUCGCAGCGGCGGCACGGCCGGCCUACAUCUCAGCCACAUGUUUGGAGUUCUUCAUCACGCUUGCUCUGCUCAUCCUCUAUCUGCUGAAACUCCACAAAUCACUCAGCUUCUUCUUCUGGCCUCUGAUAGACGUCUUAAACUCUUGCUUUGCUGCACUCUUCUUGUGUAUCAUCAGCCUGGUGGCCGUGUCCACGUUCACUACCAAGGGUACUUUGGUGGGAGGGCUCAUGGGUUUUGUGGCUGUAGUGUUGUGGUGUGUCGAUGGUUUCUUUAUCUUCAGGAAAAUCACCUUCAACCAGACAAGCAGUUCGGCGCCUCAUUAACACUGUUAUGGAAAAUGGAAUGCUGUGGAUCUGUUUAACACAACACACACACACACACACACACACACACACACACACACACACACACACACACACACUGUCUACACUAAAACUGUCUAAUAUACUAUUAUAUAAAAAUAUACUGCCUGUAUAUUAUUUCACCCAAAUAUAUUAACAAUAAAUAUGAUAAUAUUUUAUAUCUCCUGUUUAUUUGAGUUU